CAUUCGUGAUUUCACGUGAUAUUUUGAUUUUGAUUUUUGUACAAAUUGCCGAUAAAUUUUUUAGUCCUAAAUUCUUUCCAUUUUCAACACGAAAAAUGUCGGAAAAAGAAAACCCUAUAGUAUUUUUCGAUAUUUCGAUCGGAAACCAACCGGCGGGUAGAAUGAAAAUGGAAUUAUUUGCGGAUGUCGUACCUAAAACUGCCGAGAAUUUUAGACAAUUAUGUACAGGAGAAUUCAAAAAAAAUGGGGUUCCGCAAGGUUAUAAAAAUGCGCAAUUUCAUAGAGUUAUAAAAGAUUUUAUGAUCCAAGGUGGUGAUUUCGUAAAGAACGAUGGGACUGGAUCAUUUAGUAUAUAUGGAGAAAAAUUCCCAGACGAAAAUUUUGAAUUAAAACAUACUGGUCCCGGAUUACUUUCGAUGGCAAAUAGUGGCCCAAAUUCAAAUGGAUGUCAGUUUUUUAUUACAUGUGCUAAAUGUGAUUUUCUUGAUGGAAAACAUGUGGUUUUCGGAAAACUUAUUGAUGGAUUACUUACAUUAAGAAAAAUUGAGAAUGUUUCUACUGGACCUGGAAAUCGACCUAAGUUACAAGUAGUUAUAACAGAAUGUGGCCAAUAUUAAAUAUAUAUCCAGUACAUAAUUAUAUUAUUUUUGUAAAUCAUAUAAUCAUAUACAUUUACAAAUAGAUUAUAAAUUAUUGUUUUUUUUAAAAAGAAAAUUAAAAAAAUAAUAAAUAGGUUUCAAACUAUUUUAUUUACUUACAGAAGUUACAUCUGCU